GAGAGAGAGCGCCCCAUUAUCGAUAGCAUUUCAAGGGAGUGAAGUAUUGAAACCAGGGCUGAAUAACGGUACCAGCCUUUAGGUACAUGCUUUAAUGUUGUAAUUCAUUUGAGUUCAUUAUUUUAUGAGAAUUUUGGGCUUGAUUACCUGAAGAACUUGCAGGAUAUUUUUUUUGAAUGUGAAUAACUUGGAGAAUUAGCUGUUAAAUUUGUUGGGUUUGUUUCGAAAUUGGAUUUUUUUUUGACUGGGCAUUUGGGUUGUUUUGAAUUGGAAGAAAGUUGAGGUUUCUCCAAUAAAUUCCCCACUCUGAAGCUUUUUGUUUUUUGCUCCAUUGGAGCUCUUAAUUUGAACCUUAGUUUCUGUGAGAUAAACCAUCAGAACAAUACAGGCAUCUUCGAUUUGAUUCCUUUAGAAAAACAAGGCUCAGGACAACUAAUGUUCUUAUUCAUAAGUUGCAGAGAGUAGUGGAGUCCAAUUUGGGGGAUUUUUGUUGGUUUGGAGCUUAGGAAUCUAGAAAUGGGUCAUUGCGGGAGAAUUUGAUAUUUGGGACAGAGAGAAACAAUGGCUUCUCUUAGUUCCAUGACCACUUUGGGGAGCUCAAGAGUGAAUUCCACCGUCUGUUUUGAGAAAUCACCACAUGGGGUUCGGAGGUGUUCGUUGGUAAAAACAAGAUUUUUCUGUACUUUAUCAAAUUCUAGGAGAUGGGCUCAAAUCUCAGUCUGUCGAUGCAUAGCCAUGACCAAUCUGAUGACUGAACAGAAAAGUUCUGCGUUGCCUGAGUCCACUUUUAGAGGGAACAAAGAUGAGGAUCCCGAUCUUGUUCUCCAGCCUGCUCCCAAACCAGUUUUGAAACUUCGGCCAAAGGUCGAACCUCUUGCCAUUUCUGAGUCCACAAACUCAAUGGGGGUAGCUUGGACUAAUCCCAAAACUGUGAAUUCUAGAGGGAGAAAAGAUGGUUUAGAGGAUCCCAAUGAUGUUAUAGAAUCACUCGGUGAGGUUUUAGAGAAAGCAGAGAAGCUAGAUUCAGUAAAUUCUAAGAGCAGGCCUGGUCCUGAAUUGGUUGAUAAAGAUCGGAAACCUUCUAACAAACCAGAGAACAAUGCUAAUAAUAAAGUAGCCCGGCCUGCUAAUUCGGUGACAACACCAGAGAACAAUGCCAAUAAUAAAGUAUCCCGGCCUGCUAAUUCGGUGACAACCCAAAAGUCCAAAACUCUAAAGAGUGUUUGGAGAAAAGGGAAUCCAGUUGCCAGUGUACAAAAAUUAGUGACCGACCCGGCAAAGGAGAAGGCAGAAAAUGUGUCUUCUAGGAAGGGAGGGACUGAGAAUAGAGGUGAAAGUACUUUAGUUAGAGAAGGUAAAUCUCUUCCAAAAAUGGAUAGUUUGGGAAGCGAGCAAAAGAAUUUUUCACAAGCUGGAAGUUUGGGGAGCACAAUAUCUCCUCCUCGUGCUCCUUUGAGGCCUGAGCCACCUUCAAAACCACAGCCAAGAUUACAAGAGAAACCAGCAGUUGCCCCACUGCCUAGAAAACCAGUAAUUCUGAAGGAUGUAGGGGCUGCAUCUAAACCCACUGUCUCAGAAGAGAGUGAAGAUGCAUCAAGAGAGAGAAAGCCGAUUCUCAUAGAUAAGUUUGCUUCUAAGAAAGCCAUGACUGACCCACUUCUAGCCCAAGCAAUUUUAGCACCCCCUAAACCAGCCAAAGGGGGAGCAUUAUCAAAAGCCAAAGAUGAGCGACGGAAAAAAGCCGGGCCCUCUUUGGGCCCAAAGAGACGGAUGGCUUUAGAAGGAGAUGAUGAAGAAACACAAGACGAUGAGAACACUGAGCUAAAUGUCAAUAUACCAGGAAGGAAGGGAAGGAAGUGGAGCAAAGCUAGACGGAAGGCUGCUAGGCUUGAAGCCGCAAAGGCAGCAGCCCCAGUGAAAGUGGAAAUUCUAGAGGUGGGUGAAGAUGGGAUGUUUACUGAGGAUUUGGCCUAUAAUUUAGCAGUGAGUGAAGCUGAAAUUCUUGGAUAUCUUUUCUCGAAAGGAAUUAAGACCCCUGCAAUACAUAAACUAGACAAGGAGAUGGUGAAGAUGAUAUGCAAGGAGUAUGAUGUGGAAGUGAUAGAAGCUGACCCUGUGAAAGUGGAAGAAAUGGCUAAGAAGAAGGAAGUUAUUGAUGAAGAUGAUUUGGAUAAUCUAGAAGUUCGACCUCCUGUUAUCACUAUAAUGGGCCACGUCGACCAUGGAAAGACGACUCUCUUGGACUACAUUCGGAAAAGCAAGGUGGCUGCAUCUGAAGCAGGUGGUAUCACACAAGGGAUUGGAGCGUAUAAAGUGCUUGUGCCAAUGGAUGGAAAGCUUCAGCCUUGUGUUUUCCUUGAUACACCUGGACAUGAGGCAUUUGGGGCAAUGAGAGCACGUGGAGCAAGGGUGACCGACAUUGCUAUUAUUGUUGUGGCAGCUGAUGAUGGGGUGCGCCCCCAAACAAACGAGGCCAUAGCUCAUGCCAAAGCAGCUGGGGUGCCUAUCGUUGUUGCAAUAAACAAGACUGACAAAGAUGGAGCAAACCCAGAAAAAGUUAUGCAAGAACUUUCAUCAAUUGGCCUGAUGCCUGAAGACUGGGGUGGUGAUGUGCCUAUGCUUCCGAUCAGUGCUCUCAAAGGUGAUAAUGUGGAUGAGUUGUUGGAAACCGUCGUGCUAAUUUCUGAGAUGCAAGAAUUGAAGGCUAACCCACAUAGAAAUGCCAAGGGCACUGUCAUUGAAUCAUCUCUUCAUAAGUCAAAAGGACCGGUUGCCACAUUUAUUAUACAGAAUGGUACUCUUAAAAGGGGAGAUGUAGUCGUAUGUGGAGAUGCCUUUGGAAAGGUGCGGGCUUUGUUUGAUGAUACUGAAGGUCGUGUUGAUGAAGCCGGGCCAUCAACGGCCGUCCAGGUUAUUGGCUUGAACAAUGUUCCUAUUGCUGGUGAUGAAUUCGAGGUUGUAGACUCCCUCGAUAGUGCUCGUGAAAAGGCUGAGGCAUGUGCUGAAUCAUUACGAAAUGCACGCAUAUCUGAAAAAGCUGGAGAUGAAAGGGUUACACUUUCUUCCCUUGCUUCUGCGGUCUCAGCUGGCAAGCAGGCAGGAAUCGACAUGCACCAGCUAAAUAUAAUUAUGAAGGUGGAUGUUCAGGGAUCCAUUGAAGCAAUCAGGCAAGCUCUUCAAGUUCUUCCUCAGGAUAAUGUCACUCUGAAAUUCCUAUUGCAAGCUGUAGGAGAUGUGAGCGCGAGUGAUGUUGAUCUGGCUGUUGCUAGUAAAGCUAUCAUAUUGGGUUUCAAUGUUAGGGUGGCAGGAUCUGUUAAGAGCCAAGCUGAAAACAAGGGUAUAGAAAUCAGGCUAUAUAAGGUCAUAUAUGAGCUUAUUGAUGACAUGAGAGUGGCAAUGGAAGGACUACUAGAGCUGGUCGAGGAACAAAUACCAAUAGGAGCUGCCGAUGUGAGGGCAGUCUUCAGUAGUGGCAGUGGGCAUGUUGCGGGUUGUAUGGUGAGAGAAGGGAAGCUUGUCAGUGGCUGUGGGGUUCGGGUAGUUCGAAAGGGUAAAACUGUUCAUACUGGUACUCUUGAGUCUCUCAGGCGAGUGAAAGAAGUUGUGAAAGAGGUUGGUGGUGGUUUAGAGUGUGGUGUUGGAGUCGAGGACUUCACGAAUUGGGAGGUUGGUGAUGUCAUUGAAGCGUUCAACUCAGUGCAGAAACAAAGGACUCUUGAAGAAGCAUCAGCUUCGGUGGCUGCCGCCUUAGCAGGAGCCGGUGUUGAGCUGUAAGCAACAAAAACUCCAUCAAACAAAUUGUUGGGUGUACUUUUUAUGGUGGCCAUCAACUUCUGUCUUCCUUGUCAGCCUUUCUCACCCAUCGGCUAUAAUUUGUAUCCAAUUCUCUCUUCGUGAUAGUGUUUCUCAUUCAUCAGCCAAAAUUUAUAUGGCCUCUUCGACACAUACAAGCCUCAUCGGAUGGGAACUGUCGAAAUUAUUGUUGAGAUUUAGGCGACGCCAUCUUGUUCUGUGAUCUUCUUGAAUCUGUCUUAUUUUGCGCGUUGCUGAUAACUAUAAAUGUAUUUUUGCUGAAUGUAUAUAAUUUGAAGCUGUUCAGCUGUUGUAAAGAAGGAAUAUUUUCUUGGCUUGAGAAGAUCAUGGUAACUUGUGAGAGUCAAGAGGUGGCUGA